AUGGAUAAUAAAAAUAAUAUAGAUUUCAUUUUAAAUAGUGAAUCUAGACUUAGAGAUUAUAGUAGCCCAAAAACCCCAAAAAAACACCAAAGAAUAAAUUCACCACAAUUUCAAAUUAGAAGCUAUUACCCUAAUAAUUAUAAUAAUAAUUCAGAAAAUAAUAAUAUUAAUAAAAAUAAUAAUAAUGUAAAGAGAAAUAAUAACAAAAGUAUUGCAGAAAUUUUUCCCGUAGAAAUAGUAAAAAAAUUAGUUUUAAUUAAUAAUGAUAAUAUAUAUUGUAAUGUUUGUUUUAAAAACAACUCUAAUGCUAGAACAUAUAAAAAAUUAAGAUAUGUGUACGAUCAUAUAAGGAACACACAUGCUGAUCAAUUAAAAUUGGUUCAAGAUAAACUAGGUAAUAACAAUAUAAUAAAUAAAGAAGAUAUCGAUAAUAUUUCACAAUGCCAACCAAAUUUAAAACAAAAGCAAAAAUACCCUGGCCAUUUAAUUAGGCGUUUAAUAAUUUGGAAUGGGGAUACAUAUCUAUGUAGUCAAUGUAAUGAAAAAUAUUUCGUUAAAAAUUUAAACACAAUUUUUAUCCAUAUCAGAAAAAAUCAUUCAGAUUUAUUGGAUGAACUUAGAUUAACUCAGCCCGAUUCAACUCUACAAGAAGAAGAAAUUUUUUGCGAUCAUAUUGGAUGUUUUAAAGUAAUGACAAAGAGUAAUUGUAAUGUUCAUUAUAGACAAAUACAUCAUUUUGGUCAACCUCAAAAUGAAAAGGAUUUAUGCAAAAGAUGUAAAAGGAUUUAUGCAAAAGGUGUUAACUAA